AUGUCAUGUGUGAUGUCACUGAUCCUCCAGUUGAAUGUCCUAGAGGAACAGACCCUGAAAGGAAUGUCUAUAGAGGACCAACUGCAUCGGGCCAAGGGGAGGCGGGGCGGGCCGGGCCAAGGGGAGGCGGGGUGGGCCAAGGGGAGGCGGGGCGGGCCAAGGGGAGGCCGGGCGGGCCAAGGGGAGGCGGGGCGAGGCGGGCCAAGGGGAGGCGGGGCGAGGCGGGCCAAGGGGAGGCGGGGCGGGCCAAGGGGAGACCGGGCGGGCCAAGGGGAGACCGGGCGGGCCAAGGGGAAGCCGGGCGGGCCAAGGGGAGGCCGGGCGGGCGGGCCAAGGGGAGGCCGGGCGGGCGGGCCAAGGGGAGGCCGGGCGGGCCAAGGGGAGGCGGGGCCGGCCAAGGGGAGGCGGGGCGGGGCGGGCCGAGGGGAGGCGGGGCGGGCCGAGGGGAGGCGGGGCGGGCCGAGGGGAGACCGGGCGGGCCAAGGGGAGGCCGGGCGGGCGGGCCAAGGGGAGGCCGGGCGGGCGGGCCAAGGGGAGGCCGGGCGGGCGGGCCAAGGGGAGGCCGGGCGGGCGGGCCAAGGGGAGGCCGGGCGGGCGGGCCAAGGGGAGGCCGGGCGGGCGGGCCAAGGGGAGGCCGGGCGGGCGGGCCAAGGGGAGGCCGGGCGGGCGGGCCAAGGGGAGGCGGGGCCGGCCAUGGGGGAGGCGGGGCCGGCCAUGGGGAGGCGGGGCCGGCCAUGGGGAGGCGGGGCCAAGGGGAGGCGGGGCCAAGGGGAGGCCAGUACAGCACCACACAACCGCUAG